AUGCAGCUGGUGAAGGGCGUUUUAGAAAGCACAGUAUUCCCCGCCGCCCUUCCCGGCACGGCGGUCCCUGGGGCGCCGCGUUCCCCUGCCGCGCUCCCCGGCACGGUGGCCCCGCGCUCCCCCGCCAGCCCGCCAAGCAGCACCGGCGCCCCGGCCCCCUCCGCGGCUCCGACACGGGCCUCCAACGGCAGCCGUGAAGGGGCGGCGGGCGCCUGGCUGCGGACUCCGCUGGCCCCCGGGGAGGUGAUCACGGCGCAGAGCGGAGCCUUCGAGAGGGACCCGCAGGAGUCGAGCACCACGGACGAGGAGCUGAGCCGGGCCGGCAGCCCGGGGAACCGCGGAGGCAGCAGCAGCAGCACCACGCCGGACUACGGGGAGAAGCGGUUGCCGCAAGCCCUCAUCAUCGGGGUGAAGAAAGGGGGUACGCGGGCGCUGCUGGAAGCUAUCCGGGCUCACCCCGACGUGCGCGCCGUGGGCACCGAGCCCCACUUCUUCGACAGGAACUACGAGAAGGGGCUGGAGUGGUACAGGAACGUGAUGCCCAAGACGCUGGAUGGCCAAAUCACCAUGGAGAAGACCCCCAGCUACUUCGUGACCAAUGAGGCCCCAAGGCGCAUUCAUUCCAUGGCUAAGGACACAAAGCUGAUCGUUGUGGUGAGGAACCCGGUCACCCGGGCCAUCUCAGACUACACACAGACACUCUCCAAGAAGCCGGAGAUCCCCACCUUUGAGGUGCUGGCCUUCAAGAACCGGACCCUGGGGCUGAUCGAUGCCUCCUGGAGCGCGAUCCGCAUCGGGAUCUAUGCACUGCACUUGGAGAACUGGCUCCAGUACUUCCCCCUCUCCCAAAUCCUUUUUGUCAGUGGCGAGAGGCUCAUCACUGACCCCGCCGGGGAAAUGGCCAAGGUCCAGGACUUCUUAGGCCUCAAGAGGAUUGUGACAGAGAAACAUUUUUACUUUAAUAAAACCAAGGGGUUCCCCUGUCUAAAGAAGCCAGAGGACAGCAGUGCUCCCCGGUGCUUGGGCAAGUCCAAGGGUCGAACUCACCCCAAAAUAGACCCAGACGUCAUCCACAGACUGCGGAAGUUUUACAAACCGUUCAAUGUCAUGUUUUACCAAAUGACGGGCCAAGAUUUCCAGUGGGAGCAGGAAGAAAGUGAUAAGUAGAACCACGAAAUCAGGAAAUAAGCUCUUUUCUUUUGAGAUGCAAAUCAUCGUUAGAGACCCAAAACUCACUCGGGGCUAGAGGCUCAGCCAUGCGAGCGCAAGACUCUUGCGCUGUCAGGGUUGCAGCCAACGGUGCCCCGUGUUUCCAGCUCUGAAACCUUAGUGACAUGUCACCUUGGGUUGCACUCGGGCUCUCCUCCCAUGACGCUGAGGGAUCAGGGGGCAGGUGGGAGGAGGAGAAGGUGGAGGGACUGGGACUUCUUGGGGUGAUGGGAUGCUUCGUGUUGUUUGCUGCUGGUGUCCCCCUCAUGGCCAGGCAGGCAGGACCAGUGCCUCCUGCCACGGCUAGCUGAGCAGGAGGGUGGCUCACAAAACCCAGCAGCACUGGGACAAACCAAUAGGUUUGAUUUCUCCUGCCCUGGCUUUUAGUUUUGCUCAAACAGCAGCAUCAGACCUGAUAAAUUCAGGACGCGUGCAUUCACAUGCACACUGGUAUUUGUGUGUGGAAGGAAUAAAGCCAGUUAUGCUGCAAAGGAA